UCAUGUCCUGCCUGCUCCAUUUCCCAUCCAGCUCCCUGCUUAUGGCCUGGGAAAGCAGUGGAAGAUGACCCCAAGUCCUUGAAAUCUGGAAGAAGGCAGAGCAAUGGACAACAGGCAGCAGUUGUCAUCUUGUUCAGGAGCAAGAGUGAGCUGCAUGGUCCAGGUUCCAGCGUCCACGAGCAGUGAGCAUGACCGAGCAAAAGCCCACGACCGAGAGCUGGCACAGAUCACCUCCAAGAAUGAAGAGAACAAGCACUUCGGUCAACUACAAGCCACCCGCGCAAAAGAGCAUCCAGGAGAUCCAGGAGCUGGACAAGGACAACAACAGCCUGUACAAGAAGCAGCUGCCAGGCCACAUGACUGUGUCCGCCAACCCCAACAUCCCCAACAUAGUGGUGACACACCUCACACUGGUGUGCAGCUCAGCACCCAGGCCCCUGGAGCUGGACUUGACUGGCAACUUGGAGAGCUUCAAGAAACAGUCCUUCGUACUGAAGGAAGACAUGGAGUACUGGAUAAAGAUAUCCUUCCGUGUGAACCGAGAGAUCAUGUCUGGCAUGAAAUACAUCCAGUACACCUUCAAGAAAGUAGUCAAGAUCGACCAGACCAAAUACAUGGUGAGGAGUUAGGGUCACACCAAGGAGUACGAGUUCCUGACGCCAGUGGAGGAGGCGCCCAAAGGCAUGGUGGAGCAGGGCAGCUACAGCAUCAAGUACCACUUCACAGACAAUAAGAUGCACCACCUGGCCUGGGAGUGGAACCUCAUUAUCAGGAAGGAAGGGAAGGACUGA